AUCUAGGAUUAUCGCUAUCUCUUUCUUUCUGCCCUUCACUCGCUAGAGUCAUCAUUCAUCACUGUCUUUUCACCACUAUGGACACGUGGGCGCAAUACAUCUUAAUACUUGUUGGCUUGCACCUUGUAUUGAGGUCCCUUGUUGUCUUCAUCUUCCGCGAGGAGAGACUUGUCUGCGCCUUCCCAUUGCCGAGACCUACUCUAUUUGAAUUUUGAGCCUCGCAAACUCCUUACAUUUGCUUGCUCCUCUGCAACCUACGUUACGAGAUAUCAAGCUAUAGCUCGAACUUUUCAACCAAGGCUCUUAUUACGCAGUCGUUUCACAGUCACUUCGAUGGACUCUUCUCCACUCUCGAGCGCUCGAUCUGACAUCAGUACCCCCUCAUCCGGUAGAUCUGUCCAGUCCCUUGAGCACGUCGACCCCAUCAAGUCGCACCAAGACGACAAUCAUACUGAGCAUCAGACGACCACAGAUGCGGCGGAAGAUCACACUACAGCGGAAGACUCGGUUCCUCCUGUGGCCGUGAGCACAAGUACAGACACCGCGCCAAGCGAUUCAUAUAAUGACCACAUUCCCAAAGACCAUGAUGACGCAUCACUGGACCCGGUAUCCAACGCUUUACCGGAUGAGGUUCAACAGAGCCCGAUACGUCCCAAACGCAAACGAAAGUCACCUGUCCGCUACGAAGAGCCGCUGGAACAAGGCAGUCCUCCAAAGAAAGCCAAAAAUACACCAUCGCGAACGCAAUCACGCCGUCUGCCACGAGGAGCGAAGGAACCAAACUACUCACCUGACUUUGUGACGACCUCGCCGAAGUCAGUCCUUGUGAACCUCGAUCUAGACAUGCUUUUCAGCGACGAGCGAACAUGGGCUUCACUAUCCCGUGAGGCACAGGAACGGCUUUUCAAGAUCCUACCCAAUGGUCCCCCUGCAGACUCAUUCCCAGCAGACGAGCCACUUCCCAACUUACCUAAGCAGCUGCUCAGGCAAAGUCAGGCUUUUCGCACAGACCUCCGCCUCUUCCAAGAAGAUUUAGGCGCUGGCCGUCUCGAUCCCCAAUGGCGACGCGAGGCCGCAGAGGCCAUGGAGGAGCGAGCCAGCGGACGAUUCGAUGUAUGGAAGUAUGAGGAGCGCGAGGAGUACUGGGGUCAGAAGAUGAAGGGUACGAAUGAUUCAUGAAUGAAAGGAGAGCAAGUUGCACGGCAUUGUGAUUAUUACGCAUCAAGGAGUGGUGGUUGACGCCAGACAAAGCGUAUUGUACCAGUCAUAUCACAAGGGUUAUCAGUGUGAGACAUGUAUUGCGCCACUUUCAAACAAAUAAAUAUACCCAAUUCUGUGCUCA